UUUUGUUUUAGAAAAUCUCUUCCUCACUGCCAAAGAAUCAACAGAAUGCUCUCCAGUGAAUCUUUACAUCCUCCUAUGUAUAGCCGUUCCAAUUCCCAAGCAUCUGUUGAUAGCACUUCCAUGGAAGAUUUCUGGUGUGAGGUGGAAAAUAUCAAAGAAAUCACUGAGGAGAGACAAGAUGACCAAGCUGUGUUAGAAGUCAAGCCUCCUGAUGAAGGAGAAUUGGAAGCGGAAUGGUUGCAUGAUGUAGGUCUGUCUACGUUAAUAUCAGGGUCUGAAGAGGAGGAUGGAGAAGCAUUGCUCUCCACUCUGACCCGAACACAAGCAGCUGCAGUACAAAAAAGAUACAACACCUACACUCAAACUAUGAGAAAGAAGAAUAAACACCAAGUUAGAGAUGUACGAGACAUCUUUGGGGUCAGCGACAAUUCUCCCACUUUUGAGGCCAUACCUGUAUCACCAGCAAUGACUAAUGGUAUCCAGCUUCCUGUGCACAAACCAGCUAGUAGCUGUCUAGAAUGUGAAUUUGAGAAGGACAACCAAUCCGUUACAGAAGAACUGUCCUUUGAGGUCUCUUUCUCAGAAUCCAUUACAGUUAUUCCAAAGCACAGAGAAUGGCACAGUAAUCAGAGUUUUAAAAAGGAAGAAUCUGUUUUGCCGAACUUUAUGAUUAGGAAAAGCCGAUUUGGACUGACGGAAGUUGGAGAUUUGUCUCUUGAUGACAUGAAGAAAAUUCGCUAUUUGUCUCUGAUUGAGUUAACAGCCUUCUAUGAUGCUUUAGGCAUUGAACUGAAGAGGAAUCGAACAGAAAGAGUCAAAGGACGAGAAAAUGGCCUUUUUGGAGUUCCCCUAACAAUCUUGCUGGAAAGUGAUCAGAAAAAGAUCCCUGGAAUAAAAGUCCCUCUCAUCUUUCAGAAAUUGUUGCUCAAACUUGAGGAAACUGGUCUGGAAACAGAAGGGAUUCUUCGAGUGCCUGGAUCUGCUUCAAGAGUUAAGAGUCUUCGCCAAGAAAUUGAGACAAAAUUUGAAGAAGAUACAUUUGACUGGAAUCAGGUACGCAACAAUGAUGCUGCAGGACUCCUGAAGAUGUUUAUACGGGAACUUCCAAGCCCCCUCUUCACUGUGGAAUACCUCCCUGCCUUCAUCACAUUAGUGGAAAAAAUUCCCAAAGUCAAGUUACAGCUGCAAGCUUUGCAUUUGCUGAUCAUGUUGUUGCCUGAUGCCAGCAGGGAUGCAGCCAAGGUUCUUCUGCAGUUUUUGAAGAAGGUGGUUAGUAAUGAAGGGAAAAACAAAAUGACUCUGUGGAAUGUUUCCAUGAUAGUUGCCCCAAACCUCUUCGUCUACAAAGGCAAGCGUGCAAACCAAGAAGAGAUGUUAGCGGCAGCCACCACAGCACGUAUUGUGAGACUUUUAAUUAAAUACCAGGAUAUCCUGUGGAUGGUUCCAAAUUUUCUGAUUUCCCAGGUGAGGAAGAUGAAUGAGGCUGCAAUGAACAAUACCAAGAGGCAGCUGAUGUUUGACAAGGGUGUGCGAAGGCUGCUGAGAAGAAAAACUAUGGAAAGGGAGCGGCCAGAAAGAACAGAGUCUGACAUACCUGAGGGAGUCAUAAGAGUUCAUGCUCCAUUGCAUUCAAAAGUUUCUAUGGCAAUACAGCUGAACAAUCAAACAAAAGUCAAAGAUAUUCUGGCACGAUUUUAUUGUGAAAACAGCCAUGAACCAUCAGAGAGCAUGAAAAUGCAGAUCCAAAGUUUACAUGAGAUUGGAGGAAAUAUAGGACAGCACUGUUUGGACCCAGAUGCUUAUAUGCUUGAUGUUUACCAUGCAAAUCCUCAAGCAGAGUGGGUGAUUAAACCAAAAAUAAGUUGAAACCCGCAAAGACAAUAUGGCAAAGCACUUUGGAAAAUGCCAAAAGGAUGGAAGAAAAACAACCCUUAUCAAGAACCACAUUGCCAAGAAUAAAACCAAAGAAGUUGUGUGUGGGUCUACACAAUAUAAUUUAAAGUUUUUGCCUUCCAAACACAUCCUAGACCUUGAGAACUGUUACUUCAGUUAAUUGUUUGUUGUAAUUUAUUUUGCAAUGUGUACACUUUAACACUGGUUUUGCUUGUGCCAGUUUUCAACCAAUGUGAAGGAACACAGAAGUUUUUUCCUGUUGUACCAUUUAUAAGAAAACCAAACAAACUGCAAUGGCAUUCUAGAUGACUAAGGACCUAGUCAUCAGUAGUGAAAUACUGCAAAGGAAUCAUAAGGUGCAAAGGGUUUUGGUUUUUUUUUGGGGGGGGGGAGCAUGUAUGAACAAUGGAGAGUGCCAAAACUCUAUGACUACUCAUUCCUGUUCAAAGGAAAUCUUUUUAUUGUCAAAUGUUAAUUAUUAAGUAGUUAUGUUUCAUUGUAUGUUACUGGCUGCCAAUGAGAGGGAAAAACUACCAUAAAAGGUAUUUUUACUGUUAAUGUACUGUGCAUGUAUAUAUACACAACUGCAUAUGAGCAUUUUAGUGAUAUUUCUUUUAUGAUAUUACACUGCAACAAUUAACACAAGUUAAUUUGUAACACAUGCAUUUCAGACUGUGUACCACUGUAAUUUAAUUGUUCUAGUUUGAGAGGACUGAAUGAUAUUAGGAUUAGCCAGAGGAAUGUUGCCUGAAUUCAUUAAAUUGGUCUUUUUACUUAAUAGCCA